AUGAAGGCAUGGGAUCCCAAUGUGAACUUCAAGAAAGAAGAUGUUAAAAAGGUUCCUAUAUGGGUUCAGAUUGAAGACCUGGAUCUGAAAUAUUGGGGACAAAGAUCGUUGUUCAAAAUAGUUGGUCAAGUAGGUGAGCCGAUUAUGGUGGAUAGUGUUACAAGAGAGAGGGAAAGGUUGAACUAUCCUAGAAUUCUUAUUGAAGUUAGGAUAGACCAAAAUUUUCCUGAUAUGUUAGAGUUUGAGAAUGAGUAUGGCAACAACACCCAUGUAGGCAUCAAGUAUGAAUGGAAGCCAAUUGCUUGUAAUAAUUGCUUUGGCUUGGGGCAUUCGACUAUUGAUUGUAAGAAGAGUGCUAAAGUGGAAAAGAAGUGGAUACUGAAGGAAUAUCAUAGGCCAAAACCAGUAGUAGAUGAGGAUGGCUUUCUUCAAGUUUCAAGAGGUUCAAAGGGGCAAGUGCAGCCCACUAAGUCAGCGGUUUUAAGGAUGGAAAACACUUUGCAAGCUUUAAAUUCUGACCUGGAACAGCAAGAAGAAGCAGAAAUGGAGAUUGUAAAUGAAGAAGAAGAGGGCAAUACCGGAGGGGGGAAGAUCCCUCUCUCUUCAAUGGAUAAACUCUUAUGUUGGAAUGUCCGAGGAGCCAACAAUCAACAAAAACAGCGGCUAAUCAAGCAAUUUAUUAGUCUCCAAAAAGUUGAUUUUGUUGGGCUCCUUGAGACAAGAGUCAAGGCUCGAAAACUUGGUGUCUUGUACUCAAAUAUUUUUGACGGUUGGUGUUUUUCAUCCAAUAUUGCGUGGCAUAAGGGGGGGAAGAUAGUAAUAGCAUGGAAUCCUUCACGAUUCAUUGUUGAUAUUAUUAGAUGCACAAGUCAAUUUAUGCAUCUAAAAAUUUCAACAGUGGAUGGUAUGUUUGAUAGUUUUGUUACUGUUGUGUAUGCUUCAAAUAGCAGAAUGGAAAGGAAAAAGCUAUGGGAGGAUAUAUGUGGAUUGAACACAUGUGAAAAGUGGUGUCUUAUGGGAGAUUUUAAUGAGAUUUUAGCUAAAGAGGAAAGGGUAGGUCUACGGGUGUCAAGUUGGCCUGAUGGAGAUUUUUUACAGUGUGUUGCUUGUUGUAAUUUGGAAGAUAUAAAGAGCAGUGGUAACUUUUUUACAUGGACAAACAAACAACAUGGGGGAGAUCGAAUCUUUUCCAAGAUUGACAGGGUGUUAGCUAAUCAAGAAUGGCUGAACAAGUAUGAAACUGCUGAAGUUGUGUUCCUUAAUGAGGGAUUGUUCGAUCACUGUCCAGCUAUAAUCUCCUUAUAUCCGGUUGUUGCUAGUGGCCUAAAGCCUUUCAAAUACUUUCGAAUGUGGAAAGCCCAUUCUAAGUUUGAGAGUUGUUUGGUAGACAUUUGGUCAAAGCAAUUAAGUGGAUCAAAAAUGUUUCAGGUGGUGACGAAAUUGAGAAGUUUGAAAGUGGCUUUGAAAGACAUCAAUAGAGAGGGAUUUUCGAAUUUGCAAGGUACUUGUUCAUGUGGCUAA